CAAUAUAUUUUCUUUUAUAAUUGAGUUUUAGGUAUGAGCACUGCAGAGAGAAAGUGAAAGAUCCAAAUUAGCAAAGCUUGCUUCAUCAGGCAUAAUCUCUAGCUGACACUACUGUCCCUUGGAGUUUAGAAUACAAGAAUUCUUUUCAAGAUAAAAAUUUGCAGGAAAAGUAAACUUGAUUAUUAUUGGAAAAAAACGGCCAAUCUACUCAAUCAUUUAGAAAAGAAUUUAUUUCUUUGGCUGGAUACAUUAGAAAAAGAAAUGGAUUGCAAAGAGUUAGCCAUCGACAUACCACUAGUCAUGGAGCCAGUCCAGUGGCCUGAGUGCUGCAUCUACCGGGUCCCCAAGAAGCUUCGUGAGGUAAAUAAUGAUGCCUACACUCCAAAGCUAAUUUCAAUAGGCCCUAUUCAUCAUGGGGUGUGUGAACUUCAUGCCAUGGAAAUGUUGAAACUAAGAUAUCUCAGGGAAUUCUGUUAUCGAACUAGGACAUGCCACAAGGAUAUUGCAGGCGUCAUUGAAACAAACGAAUUAAAGAUUCGUCGCUGUUAUGAAGAGAUCUUCGAUAUCAGCAGCGAAGAUUUUGUGAAAAUGGUUGUAUUGGAUUCAAUCUUUAUCAUUGAGCACUUCUUGAGGUCUGCUGCGAGUGAUGGGCUUUUUAAUAGGAGCCCUGCGUGUGGAGAAGAAGAAAGCUAUGCAAGUGAAGAAGAUGGAUGCUGCAAUGCGAGAGGAGAUGAAAAGGAUUGCAUAUUAAGUAAGCCAUUGCUAAGGAAACAUAUACAACAAGACUUGUUAUUACUUGAAAAUCAGCUUCCAUUUUUUAUCCUCGACGAGUUACACACACAAUUUUCCAAGUCUGAACAAAACAAAUGUAUUUCCUUUCUUAAGCUUGCCCGUGGUUACUUUUUCUCAUCUUUUGAGAAAAAAACAAAGAUUGAUAAGAAGAAUGUAAAACAUUUUACUGAUUUUAUGAGAUAUUUCUACUAUCCUUCGGACUUUAAAAGCACUGGACAACCUAUUGAAACCCUUCAUAAUGCAAAAAAGCUGGAUGAGGCAGGAGUGAUAUUCAAGAAGGCUGAUGGGAGAAUGUUACUUGAUAUACGAUUCAAGAAGAGUAACCUUACGGAAAUAUUUCCUUGCUUCACUUGCUCAUGGCUCUUGCGUUGCUUACCGUUCUUGAAACGCUUUCCGUGCUUGGUGAAUACUCAAACUUUCUUAGAAGUCCCACGCUUGGAGGUACAUGACGAAACUGAAAGCAUUUUCAGAAAUCUCAUGGCCUUGGAGCAGUGCCACUAUCCAUUUGAAGCUUACAUAUGCAAUUAUAUGGUGCUAUUGGAUUUUCUUACCAACACUAGAGAAGACGUGGAGUUGCUUGUUGAGAAAGGGAUUAUUGUUAACAAGUUGGGUAGCAAUAAAGCAGUUGCCAUUAUGGUUAAUAAACUUGGCCUUGAAAUAGAGCAAAAGGGAUCCUGUUACCUAAAACUCGCUCAACAGCUUAAUGGGUACUAUGCCAACGAUUGCAAUCGUAAUAUGGGAUCCUUGAGAACAAUAUAUUUUGGUGAUAUUUGGAGAGGCACUGCAACUUUUAUAGGGACAAUAGUCCUGCUUGUAACUAUCUUGAAUUUCCUUAGGCCUUUUUUCUACAAGAUUAAUAUUUAAUUAUUUUUAUUGUGAUAUUGUCAACUAGUUGUAAGUUUGCAUGGCAUUGCUUGUAGUUGGUUUCGAAAUUGCCAAUAUGU